AUGGCCGCUGAGCUUAAAGCCAGCACUGUCAGCAUGGCUCAGGCUCCCGUCCAUCUUAUCCAACAGGCGACGGUAAGGGACGAGACAAUAUUUAAGACUCGCAUCGACUUUGACCACUCUAGUCAAUCUGGUAGCUCCGCCAACCAUAUCGUACGGCCGUCUCCUUUCUCUAAUGAGUCUGCCACCACAAGCAGCGGUGAAGCCUCGUAUUUGGCACCUAAGAGUGUUGGUGCAACUGCAAGUUCUCUUGCUGCAGCACUACUGCAGCAGCCAAAAACCGUUCUCACAAACAUGACCACUGCCGUCGGGGCUGGAUCACCGGGCGGCGUAUUUUCGAAGACGAUAGAGUCUGUAAGCCACACGUUUAAUGACUCUGAUGCGCAUUCCUAUGAGAAUCAUAGCAAAACCAGAGAAAGUAAUGAAUCGGUUAAUCAUCUUGAAGGUCAUACGGAAGUUAAUCAAAGGUAA